GAUCAGGCGGAGAGAGAGGCGGCAGCUGUACGGUGGUUUAAUGAAGCAGCUGAGGAUACUUUCGUUGACACCAUUGGGUGUUCCGCGGCGCAAGCCAAGAUCAUCACUGGUCUGCGCCCAUUUGACGAUGCCGAGGAUGCCGAGGCUAGACUGAAGUCCACCAAAGGCGUCACGGGCAAGCUCUUCACGGACUACGUCGAGAUCGUCUCCUCUUUUGAGACGGUAGACAAGGUUCUGAGGAAGUGCGAGGCACGUUCGAAACGGUUAGAGGAUGCUUGUUCGCCAGAGGCCAUUGCAAAGGACCCUUACUAUCUCCAUAAGCAGCCAAAGGGCAUGGACGUUACUCUGAAAGACUAUCAGCUCGAGGGAGUCAAUUGGCUCUCCGCUCGUUAUCGAAAUGAGACGAGCUGCAUUCUUGCCGAUGACAUGGGUACUGGCAAAACAUGCCAGGUGAUUGCGAUGCUCUGCGAUCUCAAGAAUCGGGGCAUAAAGGGCGUCAAUCUUGUCGUCGCACCUAGUUCCACGAUUGAGAAUUGGUCAAGGGAGCUGAAGCGCUUCGGUCCGGAGCUCAACUACCUCGUCUUCGCCGGAUCGCAGAGCGAGCGACGCGACAUACGAGACGAGAUCGACGAGGAUCACGACGAUCUUGACGUCGUACUCACGAGCUACAACAACGCCACGUCAAAGACCGAUGCCAAGUGGUUCCGAAAGUUUCGCUUCAACGCUUGCAUCUUCGAUGAGGGCCAUCAGCUCAAGAACCAGAACACAAACAAUUAUCGCGUGCUUAUGCAAGUACGAGCAGAAUGGCGGCUGCUCUUGACGGGUACGCCUUUGCAGAACAACCUCUUGGAGCUGAUAUCGCUGCUCAAUUUCAUCAUGCCUGGGGAUUUCCGGGGUGCUUCUGAAGCUUUGACCACCAUCUUCAAGACAAAGGCGGGUGCAAAGGACUCUGAGCUGUCCAAGUCAAGAGUGGAUAGGGCAAAGAGGAUGAUGAUGCCCUUUGUGUUGCGCCGUCUCAAAGACAAGGUUCUGUCCCUUCCGGCGAAGAACAUCCUGGUCGAAUACUGCGACAUGACCCCAAACCAGGCGAAGAUCUACUCGAAGAUUCUUGCUCGGACCCAGUUGGAGCUUUUGGGCCAAGACGAGGAUCCGGCGACCAAGAAGAAGAAAGACACGGCGUCCAACAUCCUGAUGCGCCUACGGAAAGGUGCCAUUCACCCUCUCCUCUUCCGUACCAUCUACACAGACAAGAAGAUUGCUGCGUUGGUCAAGGAUUAUGUCAAGGAGCCAGAGCACAUGGAUGAUAAUAUGCAACAUCUGCGGGAGGACUUUGGCAUCAAUUCGGACUGCGAGUUGAGCAGGCUGGCGUACAACUACCCUCAUACUCGUAAGCAUCAAUUGGACAAGCAAGCCUGGAUGAACUCGGGAAAGAUUCUGAAGCUCAAGGAGCUGAUCACUGACAUCAAGGCGCGAGGGGAGAAGUUGGUCAUCUUCAGCCAAUUUGAGAUGGCCCUCUACCUGCUCAUAUCCUGUCUCGAGGUCAUGGGCUUCAGCUGGAUUGCCUUCAGCGGCAGUACCAAGGUCGAAGAAAGACAGAGUGUCAUCGAUGACUUUCAGACGAAUCCCGACAUCACCUGCUUCCUUCUCACGACCAAGGCCGGAGGGGUAGGUGUGAAUCUGACAGCUGCCAACUGGGUCAUCAUGCUAGAUCAGGACUUCAAUCCUCAGAAUGAUAAGCAGGCAGAAGAUCGUUGCUGGCGUAUUGGACAGGAGAAGGAGGUGAAUGUCAUCAAGCUCAUCUCCCGAGGCACAAUCGAUGAGGAUAUCCUGGCACUUGGUCAGAGGAAGCUGGAGCUCGCAGCAAGAGUGUCAGGUAUGGAGUCGGGCAGCGGCGGUACC